AAGGAAGUUGCUGCGCUCUUUGCGUGCGCUGAUGUGACGUCAGAAGAAACGUUGCUGCCUUUCUGCCCAUGCUCACAAGGACAGGAGGGGAUCAGCCAGACUGCAGCUGAUAGACGUGUUGUAGUGAUGUAAUGUUGGCUGUUUGGUGACUACGGAUGGCUGUCUGUGCCAGGCUCUGCGGAGUGGGUCAGUCGCGGAGGUGCCGGAGGCGACAGCGGCAUAACCAGCAGGAUCAAGCUAGCGAUUCCGACAUGGAUGAGGAGGAAGAGGAGCGGAUCGUGGGUCAGAAGCAAGGCGACGUCGGCGGCGGCGGCGGCGGCGGAGGCCCGGAGAGCGGCGUCGCCACUGCAGGGCCGGGUGACGCUUGUGAAUAUGGCAGCGGUCAUGUCAACAGAGGAGGCUUUCCGGAUCGCACAAGCACGGGACCUCCACACCCGCAAUCAUUAGCGGAGCUACCGCCGGAGCUUUUGGUGGAAAUAGUCUCCUUGCUUCCCGGGACAGCACUACCAAAUGUUGCCCUCGUCUGCAAGAAAUUUAGACAAAUACUUAACACUGAAACCAUCUGGAGAAGGCGGUGCAUGGAAGAGUUUGGCAUGAAGGAUGAUCUGAGGAAGAUGGAAGUGGGAGGAGUGUCUAGCCGGGACCUCUAUGUUAAACGUGUCAACCCAAGGGUGAAGUCUGGGCGCUUUAUGAAGCUCCUCCCGGAUUACGAGCACAUGGACUAUAGAGACGUGUACACACACUUGCUUCACCCAUACAGACAUAUCUUGGGCUUAUGGCAGCCUGACAUAGGGCCUUAUGGUGGAUUGCUCAAUGUUGUGGUGGACGGGCUGUUUAUCAUCGGCUGGAUGUAUUUGCCCCCUCACGACCCCCGUGUGGAGGAUCCCAUGAGACGACGGCCGCUUUUCCGUAUCCACUUGUUGGAAAGCAAUAAAGCCACUGUAGAGUGUAUGUACGGACACAAGGGUCCCCACAAAGGAGACAUACAGACUGUGAAGAAGGAUGAAUUUUCAACAAAGUGUAACCAGACUGAUUAUCACCGAAUGCCAGGGGGCAGACAGGAGGAGUUCAGAACAUGGUUGGAGGAAGAAUGGGGCCGAACACUGGAAGAAAUCUUUCAUGAGCACAUGCAGGAGCUCAUCCUUAUGAAGUUUAUUUAUACCAGUCAAUAUGAUAACUGCUUGACAUACCGGAGGAUCUACCUGCCUCCUGCGAUGCCCUCUGACCUGCUGCCCCCAGGCCUCUUCAAAGGCACCUACGGCAGCCACGGCUUGGAGAUUGUCAUGCUCAGUUUCAUUGGGACUUAUGCGAGAGCCACCAAGCUCACUGGAGACCCCAAUGUUCCUGCAGGGCAACCCACUUUGGAUGUUGACCUGAGACGGCCUGUGGUCCUCCCAGACUUGGAGCAGCAGCGCAACAUAGAGGAGCUGUCCCGGCUGGUAAUGGGGGUACACGAGGAAGUGCAGCGAGAAGAUCAACAACAGGCCAUGGACACUUCUGCUGCAGCCAGAGGUGCAGCAGAGGGGGCCACUGGUGGUGCCAGCGUAGCAGAAGGAGUGGAGGAAGACCACGUUACCUGUUCAGACAGCUGCCAGCCUGGCCCAAGCACCACCACCACCUCCACCACCACCACCUCCACCAGUCCUCCCGAAGCCCAGCCCUUCGUCCUGCCCUUGGGAGUUAUGGCUCGCAACGAGGUUUACCCUCGCACCUGCAGGAAAUGCUUCUAUGGGACAGGCCUGAUCGCUGGGCAUGGCUUUACAAGUCCAGAGCGCACCCCGGGGCUCUUUGUGCUGUUUGAUGAGGACCGUUUUGGUUUCAUCUGGCUGGAGUUGAAAUCUUUCAGUCUGUACAGUCGCCUGAUGGACCACCUAGCUCACUCUCACGCCCCAAAUAUGGAGCGAUUUGAGGCCAUGCUGAUGAACAUGCAGUCCUGGACGUCCUGAUGCACCACGUUUUAAGCCUUCACUUACAAUACAUACAGUGCAUAAUAACAACCAUUUUUACACAAAUCACCUCUGUCCCCUGCUAACUAAACGUUACUACCGCGAUAGCUGUAACUUUCCCCGUUCUGUCUAUAUCUGUUUCACAAACAUUGCAUUUUACAGUCUAAUUAAUCUAGUAAUGUCACCCUGACUUGACUCCUGUUCUUAUAGAAGCACUUUGAACAGCCUCCCAAGUCACCAUUUAUCAGCUCACCUCAGUAUGACCGAAAGCCUCCAUUGCAGCAUGAAAGCAGGUCACAUUAACCUUUUCAUUUAUUUAUUUAUUUAUUACCUGCAGGAGAUGAGAUGGAAUGAGAUUUCAUACCACUUAGUAUGGAUCAAACUGUGCGUGCCUCUUAUUCUAAAACCAUGUCUGUACUUGAUAGUGCUUGAAGAUGAUAAAGGUGUCCAAUGUAUUCUACUAUAUAGCAUUAUAUUGAUUUCAGUGCCCAACAUGAACUGCAUGCUGCAUUUUAUUUAGAUCUAAUCGCAUCUCACUCAUAAACAUGAUCUGAACAUGA